GUCCCAAUAUCUUUGUUCUCUGACGAUACCAGUGGAAAUAGAUCCAAGAAAUGGAAUUGUUUUGAUACUUGGACCAUGACCAUAUCGGCACUUCCUUUAAAAAUAAGCAAUGAAUACGAAAACCAUUUUUUCAUUUGUACAAGUAAUCAUAUAAUAACGGCAAUGGAAAUGAUAGAACCCUUGACGAAUGAUUUGUACAACUUGGAAAAGGGGAUGGUUAUGUACGAUUCCCAAUUCAAGCAGAAUGUUUUCGUGAUUUCGCCAGUUUUAUUUAUCCGUGGUGAUAAUGUACGUCAGGCCGAAAUUGCUCUUCACAAAGAAUCUAGGGCCACCCAUCCUUGUCGAUUCUGU